AUGGACCCCUCGGAGAACUACCAUGAAUUCACCACGAAUCAGAGCAUCGUGACGUUAAGUAUCCACAGCACCACAGACACGCUGGUGAUGACUUCCUACCUCUUACUGGUUCUGUGCAUCGGGCUGUGGAUUGGCAUCUCCACUUAUUCCGCAAAUGUUGGCAGUGGCCACUUUAUGGGCCUGGCUGGGAUAGGCGCAACUUCAGGAAUCGUGGUCGGCGCCCUGGAGUGGAAUACAAUAUUUAUGCUUUUUGUUCUUGGUUGGAUAUUUGUUCCUAUCUAUAGCAAGGCUGAGGUGGUGACGCUGCCGGAAUAUCUGAGGAAACGGUUUGGCAGCCUCCGGAUCCAGCUCUUCUUCUCCUUCAUUUUCAUAAUCGUCUACAUCUUCAGCAGGAUCUCAAUGGAGAUCGGCUUCGGCGUCAUGUUCUUGAAAUCGGUUUGGGACACAGAUAUUUACCAGACAAUGCUGGUUGUGCUGACUGUCAUUGGCAUUUACACCAUCACAGGCGGCCUGACGACUGUGGUUUAUGUUGAGACCUUUCAAGCUGGUAUUAUGAUUUUGGGCUCAACUAUAUUAAUGAGUUACGCCUUCCACGAAGUGGGAGGAUAUCAGGAGCUGAAGGCUAAGUACUUCCGUGCCAUCCCUAGUAGGACCGAGCAGGGAAACUGGACCGCCAAUCCCAAGUGCUACAUGCCUCGUUCUGACUCUUUCCACAUCUUCCGAAGUUGUUCCUCUGGCGACAUCCCGUGGCCUGGACUCAUCUUAGGCGCCACUACUGUCUCUUUGUUCCAUGGGUGUGCUGAUCAGGUUUCUGUCCAGAGGCUUCUGGCAGGAAAGAGCAAACUUCAUAUGAAAGGUGGCUGCCUCUUGUGUGGGUACCUGAAGCUGCUGCCCAUGUUCCUCAUGGUGAUGCCAGGGAUGAUCAGCCGCAUUCUGUACACAGAUCAAGUGGCAUGCGUUGUACCUUCAGAAUGUCAGAAGUUCUGUGGCAAACAAACUGGCUGUAGCGUCCUGGCUUAUCCAGUGCUGGUGAUAGGAAUAAUGCCGCCUGGCCUGCAAGGCUUUAUGCUGUCCACAGUCUGUGCCUCCCUCAUGUCGUCCCUGACUUCCAUUUUCAACAGCUCCAGUGCCCUGUUCACUAUGAACAUUUACACCUGGAUUCGGCCCAUGGCCACUGAAAAGGAGCUCAUGGUAUCCGGAAGGUUUUUUGUUAUAAUCUUACUUGCUGUCACCAUUGUCUGGGUCCCCAUUAUAGAAAUGGCUCCCAGUGAAAUACUGUUUGAGUACAUGCAGGUCCUUAAGAGCUGCUUGACACCAAGCAUGACUGCUGUCUUUCUGCUGGCCGUAUUUUGCAAGAGAGUGAACGAGCAGGGCGCCUUCUGGGGACUGAUUUUGGGAAGUACGAUCGGUAUCGUUCGACUGUUGGCCGAGUUUUUCUAUGGACUCUCGACCUGUGAGGGAGACCGAAACUGUCCCCUCUUCAUCUGUGGCCUUCAUUACCUCUAUUUUGGCUUUUUCCUCUUCCUAGUCACUCUUCUCAUCAUACUAGCCAUCUCCUUAGCCACAAAGCCGAUUCCGGAUGAAAACCUUCAUGGUCUCUGCUGGAGUCUACGUAACAGCCAACAGAGGAGGGUGUCCUUAGACAAAGAAUUGAGGUGGAAGACUUUUCCCAACUUCACAUUCCAGCCAGGUAUGUUUGGGGAGUCCCAUACCUGCUUCUGGAAGAUGUGGGACUUGUUCUGUGGUCUUGACUCACAGCCAAACUCCAACAUAGGCCCAGAGAACCCCUCCAAGGAGGCAAUAGAGGCAACCUGGGAGCGGAUGGCCUCUAUUAGCAUAUCAGCAGGCUUAGAGAUUCUGACCAGGAAAUCGGCAGGCAGAAGGAGAGAGGAACAGGAACAAAAGAUGAAAGACUGGAAUGACCUACCGGAGAGCCUCUUCUGGAAGAGGGUCAUGCAGGCUAGUGGGAUUGUUUUGAUUGCCCUUCUGAUUACUGCACACGUCUUUUUUGCCUGAGGACCCAGGCACUACCUCCUUUCCCAGACCACUUCAUCAUGAAGGGGUGAAGGGUUUCUUUUAGGAAGACCCAACAAUAUGUGGCCAAAGACGACAACAAUGAAAACACUCUCUCAGUGUACGAACCAGUCACCAACAGCUGCAGUGCAUUCACGUACAAGAGACAAAGGACACCCCUGUGUUCACAGACUGUGCCAGUGAGAACAUCUCCUCUCUGUUGCAAACCAUUUUCUCUCCAUGCCUGUACCGCCCAAGUGCUGGCUUUCAUUUUAAAAUCACCAUCUGUCAGCCCACUUUCCUCUCCCCACUCAGUCUUGCUUUGCUAUCUAUUCAUCUUGAAGACACAGCCCUGCUGAAAUGAUGCCGGUCCCAUUCUUGCCACAGGCCAGUACUGAUGACCACUCAGGCCAGGGACGAACAGCUGCCUCCUUGGUGGAAACUGCAGCUGAUCAAGAGCUGCUCUGAAGGAAUUGGUCUCAAACCAUUUACCACCAACUGGCUUCUGCUGAUCCCUAGAGGGUAGAGGGAGGGUAAACUCCUUUCCUAGGAGCUCUGCCUAACCAGACCCCGUGCCUGACAGUAAGAGUAUGGCCAAUGGGUAAGAUUCUUUUUAGCCAACAGGUCCAGACACUCCUGGGCUAUGUCUCUUUGAAGAUUUCCUAAGCCUCUCUUUCCUCUUCCUUUU